GUCUCCGCUGAAGUACGACGGACAUUUUGCAACGCUCAACAGAAACAAGAAAUAUCGUUACAAAAAAAGCAAGACGUGAGGAGUCACAGGACGGCAUUCGACGUAUAAAGGAAACCAAGACGAAAUACAGAUGUUUAAGAGGACUGUGUUGCAACUAAUGUUUGUAAAAUAGUUUAAAUUGUGUGGCUACAGCCUUCGACUCAACGGCUCAAAGAUGUCGGACGAAGGCGCGAGGGAGGACGCCUGCCGCGAGUAUCAGUCCUCGCUGGAAGAUCUGACUUUCAACAGCAAACCGCACAUCAACAUGCUCACCAUUCUAGCCGAAGAAAACAUCCAGUUCGCCAAGGAUAUCGUCGCAAUUAUUGAAGCACAAAUUGCCAAGGCGACACCUGGUGAGAAGCUCCCAGUUUUGUACUUAGUGGAUUCCAUAGUGAAGAAUGUUGGAGGGGAUUACCUUGAAGUGUUUGCUAAGAACCUAGUCAAUUCCUUUAUUUGUGUGUUUGAGAAGGUGGAUGAGGCCACUAGAAAAAGUCUCUUCAAAUUGCGUUCCACAUGGGAUGAAAUUUUCCCCUUGAAGAAGCUAUAUGCACUAGAUGUGCGUGUGAACUCUAUAGAUCCUGCCUGGCCUAUAAAACCAUUGCCACCAAAUGUGAAUGCCAGCAUUCAUGUCAACCCAAAAUUUUUAAAACCGACUGAUGAAACAUCUCCAAAGCCUCCUGCACCACAACCUCCAGCUCCAAGCUUGACACAAGAGCAAAUGAUAAGACAACAAUUGCUUGCAAAGCAAAAGCAGUUGUUAGAACUUCAGCAAAAGAAGAUAGAGCUUGAACUUGAACAAACUAAAGCUCAGUUGGCGGCCAGUCCUGCUAUUGCUUCAAACCACCAUGCCAGUGCUCCAGUCCGUUUCAGUCAAACGGUUCCUGCACCACAGACCAAACCUUGGCUUCCAGCACCAUCAGAAAAACUGUCAACAAGAGAUCCUAGAUUAAAUAGACCUGGUGCCACAACUGUAAAUGCAAAGGAACAAGUUAUUCAUAAGAAGGAUAAUCAGGUUACACCAAGCUUUCUGAAUACAUCAGGAAAAAGAGGACAAGUCUCAGCUGAAAGACCAAGUAAGUUGAGGAUUCCAAAAAAGGAUAACUCUACCGGUGAGGAAAGACCUAAAUCCAAGUCCAUGUCACCAUCUGGAAAAGGUGUCCUUGUCAGACCCAGAGGAAUGGAGUCUGAACAUUCAAAGGUGGCUGAAGUGAAUAAGAAGGACCCACGGCUACAUAAGCAGAUGCAUGAAAGGACAGAUUCAAAAGAUGAGGAUAAAGAGAAGAAAAAAAGUUCAGAGAAGAAAGAGAAGGAUGAAGGUGUCAAAAACUUGGACCAUUUAAAGUCCAGGGGCAAGCCUAUAAAUGGGUCCCUAAACAAGCAAGGAAGGCUUGAGACAUUUAUAAAACAAGAUAUUAAAGUGAACAAAGCUAAUGUUAGAAAAAGGUCUCGGUCAAGAUCACGUUCGCCACCGUUACAUUCUCCAAAAAGAAAAGAAAGGCGAUCAUCUCCAAAGAGAAAAACCAGGAGUAUUACUCCACCCCCCAAGUCUGGAAAGGCUAGACUAAGUAAACAUCCACAUAAUGAUGAUGCUUUUCCACAGUCGAGUAUAAGAGAUGAACGAAGCACUAAGAAAAGCCCCCUAGAAUCGAGACGAUCAAAAAGGCCGCUUGAAGAUAGACCUGCUGAUCAGAAAGAUGGACCACAGCAGAGAAUUUCUCCUGCUGAGCAUAAAGACACAAAAGAUGGGAAGAGGUGGAGAAGUGGAUGGGAAGAAAAUAAACAUCCCAAACAGUCAAAUCCAGAGCUUUCAGAUGGACGACUGGGCACCCAGAGACACAAGACUUGGAACACUAAUCAAAGACCAUCCACACCUCGUACACCUAAGCAACAUCGCUUGAGUGUUGAUAGCAACAUACAGAUACCAGAAGCACUUAAUUCUGCAAGUAAACGCAAUCUUUUAAGAAAGGCAAGCAAAAGGCAUGCUGAGGGUGAAAUAUCUAAUGAUGAAUUCCUCAAUGUAGCCCAUCAAAUAAACCAACUCUUUCAGUAUCAAGAGGAAAGACAGCGGUCUGACUCUUGGGAUGAAUCGUGUGAUGAGGGGGUGUAUCCAUCAAAAAAGAAAGGACUGGGAACAAUAUCUGAUGCGGCGCUCUCUUAUCUUGAGCAUAAGUCCAAGUUGAAAAGAACACAGCUCCUCCGCCCAGUGCGAAAAGUGGGGCAUUCUCCUUUGCAUGAUGCAUUGCUCUACCAUCCUCAUCAUGAAGUGACUGAACGAUACAGUGAGAGCUCAGAUGUGCAUAAAAUGUCUGGUGAUGUCACAAAGCCAGUCUUUGAUCAUGAAGAUCCAAGAAGAACCGACAGGCCUCCAUGUACAGGAUCCACUUUCAGAAAUUCACCAAGCCCAGUCAGCUUGGAUGGGACCUGUGGAAAAUCCACAGUAUUGAAUUUUGAACUGGCAUCUUCUCCAGUUGAAAUGGAUCAGCAGCCUGACGGAGACAUCAGCCCACGUUUUGAAAGUCCCAACAGCGUUCACUCUGGUACAGGUCCAGAUGAUGGUCCAAUAAGUGUAGAGGGUCUUCCAAGGCAUGAUCAUUUCUUGGAACAGGGAAGAAGUGGACUAAAUCUUGAUGAAUCUCCUGGGAAUACACCGACUCAAUCCUCAGAAGGACCCAUGUCACAGGUGAAUGCGCCACGCCAUGAUGGACCGAAUGUUUCUCAACGAUUUGAUGGAUUUAAGAGUUCUCAAGCUCCUUUUGAUGGGCCACCUAACCAGAUGAGAGAGCCAAGAUUAGAUGGUCCUCCAAUACCUUAUGCUCCUCCUCCUCGGUAUGAAGGCAAUACAGUUGGAUUUGAUGGGUCUGGUGGGCCCGUAAGGUAUCCCGGACAACGCUUUGAUACCCCUCACCGGUUUGAAAGAUUUCCAAACGCUCAUGAAAGACCUGUAAGAUUUAACAACCCAGCAGUUUCACACAGGCCAAUGAGAUACAUAGAGCACCAUAACAUGGUGAGAUUUGACCCUCAAGCCCCAAUUCAUUACGAUCACCAGAUGCACCAAAACAGAUUUGCUAAUCCACCAAGGUUUGAUAAUCCUCACAUGCCACAUGGUCCACCAGGAUUCGAAGAACCACGGUUCCCGGCUAGACUAAUGAAUUUUGAUGAACAGCAGGGUCCAGUCAGAUUUGAUAGUCCGUCAGGUGGGAUGCGCUUUGAGAACCCAGUGCAGCCUGAACCCUUAAGAUUUGAUGCACCUCCUGUUAUGCCAAGAUAUGACCCUCAAGGUCCUCCAAGAUUCUGCGGUCCAAAUAUUCCAAACCAGCUGAGACCACAGGAGCCAACAAUGUACGAUCAAACUCAGGGUCAAGCUCCUGUGAUAAACCCUGCUGUACCACCACCCAAUUUCAACAUGCCACCCAUGAACUCGUUUGGAGGCCCAUCUCAACAGUUUCCCAUGCAGCAAAAUGUUUCACAAGCAUCCAACUUCAGUGUCCCAGGCCCUACACCAGAUUUCCAAGGUUCAUUUAGACCUUCUCCAUUUCCUGGUCCAGGUGUUGUUAGUGUUCCUCAGCCUAUGAUGGGAUCUCAACCCUUCAUGCCACCAAACCAAAUGUCUUUCCAGCCUGGUUCCCAGUUUCCACAGCCUGAGCCCGAGCCAUUCAGGCAAAUAGAUGUGAACGAUCUGUUUUCAAAACUUAUAUCCUUUGAUUUAAUAAAACCUGCACAGACCGACUCAACCACUGACCCUACAUCAGCAAGUCAGACUUUAUCUGUGCCUGAAGAAGAAGAGGAGGAGGAGGAGGAACAAGAGGAAGAUGAAAAUGUCCCAGAUUUGACUGGCUUUGUUUUGGAUGACAUGAAACAGAGAUAUGACAGCAUUAUCACCAAACUGUAUACUGGAAUCCAAUGCUAUUCCUGCGGCAUGCGUUUUACCGCGUCUCAGACAGAUGUGUAUGCGGAUCAUUUGGACUGGCACUACAGACAGAAUCGUUCCGAGAAGGACAUCAGUAAGAAAGUUACACAUCGCCGUUGGUACUACAGUCAGACGGAUUGGAUUGAAUUUGAGGAAAUCGCUGAUCUUGAGGAGAGGGCAAAGAGUCAGUUCUUUGAAAAAGUUCAUGAAGAGGUUGUACAGAAAACUCAGGAAGCAGCCAAAGAGAGAGAGUUCCAGAGUGUAAAAGCUGCUAAGGAUGUCGUUCAUGAGCUAUGUGAGAUUUGCCAGGAGCAAUUUGAGAUGUACUGGGAGGAGGAAGAGGAAGAGUGGCAUCUGAAGAAUGCCAUCAGAGUUGAUGAAAAGACAUAUCAUCCCUCAUGUUACGAAGACUACAAAAACACAUCCUCCUUUGUGGACUGCACACCCUCACCCAAUAAAAUGCUUACAGAAAACCCUUUAACAGCGUUCCUGAAACAAGAGCAGGGUGAUGAGGUGUCUUGUUCCAGUAUUAAAGAAGAGCCCCCCGAGGAUGAUACGGAUGAACCAAUGGUAAAAGAAGAGGUUCAGGUUAAGUUAGAAGGCGAAUCACAAACCAGUGCAAUUAUUUUCUAACUCUGCUGCUCUUUAGCCACUUUUUUGUGGUUACUUUAGCUGGUCUUUUGUGUUUUUGUAAAGAAGGAUAUUUUUAUAUUGCAGUGCUCUGGGGCAGGGACCUCAGCUAGUCACUUUAAAUACAUUUUUGUAUUUGUAUUUGCCUGCACAAUUCAGGUAUUUUUUGCCAUGUGAAUUCCCAAUGAAAUGUACUGCAAAAUAUGUACAUUUGUGGGUAAAUGUAUAUGUAUAAUUUAAUUUAUAAAUAAAGAUAUUUUUGGUAUUCUUUGUGUAGUAUUGAUAAAAAAGUUAGAAAUUUUGGGGUUCUCUAUGAGACAUUUGUUCUAACUUUGAGAAUGGUGAACAGUGGUUGAAUACUAACUUAUGAAAGACUUUUUUUCUUUUUUUCCAAAAAACAAAACAAAACAAGAAAACCCCCUUUCAGUAAUUGAUAAUCCCCUAAAUCUAGGUGUGGGGCAGAUUGUAAAUUAUAAAUAUUAUGAGAAUUUCUUUGUCCUCAAUAUGUAAAUAGUUAUUUCAGAGUUUACUACUGCAUUUGGUUCAGAGUAAUGUGUUUAAUUCAAAAUGAAAAAAAAAAAUAAAAAAUCAGGGUGUUUUUUUUCUUUCUAUCCUUUUGCAGAGGUUUCAAAGAACAAUUUUGCUUUAUGCGGAAUAUUCAAUAAAAAUCUAAAGAAGAAAUAGUGUCGUGUGAAAAGUGAUUAUUGUGUGUGUUUUUGACUGAUUUAAAGUUGUCAUUUUAUGCAUAAUCCUAAAUAAAGUUUCAGUGCUAAUGGAA